AAGUCCCCCAAAACCCCGCCACAUUCACUUUUUAGAUUUUUUCCUCCAAGCUCAGCUCUUUCAGUGAAAUUGGGUUACUGACUUUGUGCAUGACACGCCAACUUUGAAUUGUUUUAACUUUUUCCUUCACAGCAUUGAUUUUCCACGUAGUGUCAGUAGCUUUGAUUGUUCAAACUGCCAGCAAGUUGCCUAUAUAUAAGCUCUCUCAACAAGUAGAGCAUUACUUUGCAGUUGGGGCUCAUCAAUCAAAAGUCUUCUCUUUGGAACUUCAUAGUUAGAGGAAAAGUUUUCUGGUUUUUGGACCACAUCUUCUGUUAUCUGUAGGUUGGAGUGGAUAAGAGCUUUUAAAUCAAUGGGUCUUUCCCUUUCUUUCCUUUUAUCAGCAUGGAAGGAAAUCCUGAGACAUCCGGUUUUUGGUGAUACCGACACCAUAGAAAAGGUUAUUGUGAGGUCCAUAAGCCUUGGAAGAGAUGAUGGAGAGGUGACCCUAAAAGCAAAGAGUUUCAAGAUGGAUGAUUCAGAGUCUCCAAUUAACAAGUUUGAUAGGUUGAAUAAUUAUGGUGAUUCCAAAGAACCAAAGCUUGAAGCAUCCGACUCAUUUGAUCAAGGGAAUGCAAAUUCAGUCUUUUCAAACGAUAAAGCGAAUAAAAUCGUUAUACCAAUAAAACCCACCAUAAAGCUCCCUGAACCAGUGGUAAUGUUUUCUCCAAGGCCCGUAAGUGAGCUUGAUGCUGCUGCUACUAAGCUUCAAAAAGUCUACAAAAGUUAUAGGACAAGAAGGAACCUGGCAGAUUGUGCAGUUGUGGUUGAAGAGCUCUGGUGGAAGACCUUAGAUUCUGCAGCCUUAAAAAGGUGUUCUGUUUCUUUCUAUGACAAACCAGAAACUGUCAUAUCAAAGUGGGCACGUGCUAAAACAAGGGCUGCCAAGGUUGGGAAGGGUUUAUCUAAGGAUGAGAAGGCUCAAAAACUAGCCCUGCAACAUUGGCUUGAAGCUAUUGACCCACGCCAUCGUUAUGGACACAACUUACACUUCUACUAUGAUGUCUGGUCUGCAAGCAGGAGCACACAACCUUUCUUCUACUGGUUGGAUAUUGGUGAUGGCAAAGAACUAAAUCUUAAUAAGUGUCAAAGACCUGAUCUACAAAGGCAAUGCAUUAAAUAUCUUGGACCAAAUGAGAGGGAAGCAUUUGAGGUGGUUGUGGAAAGUGGAAAGCUUGUUUACAAGCAAUCAGGAAUGCUUGUCGACACGAUUGAGGGUUGUAAGUGGAUUUUUGUACUUAGCACAUCAAGAUCCUUGUACGUUGGGCAGAAGAAGAAAGGUGUCUUUCAGCACUCGAGUUUCCUUUCCGGAGGGGCUACAACAGCUGCAGGAAGAUUGGUGGCUUCUCAAGGAGUUCUUGAGGCUAUUUGGCCUUACAGUGGUCAUUAUCUCCCAACUGAAGACAAUUUCAAGGAAUUCAUUAUUUUCCUUGAGGAACACAAUGUGGAUUUGACCAAUGUUAAGAGAUGUGCAAUAGAUGAUGAAUACACCUCAUUCAAAGCUGCCGGUGAUGAGUCCAAGCAUGGGCAGAUCAAAGAUCCAACGGCUGCAACACCAAAGUCAACAGAUUCAAAGGCUGUGGGCGUUGAUGGGCCCGCAACUGAUGCAUGCAUCAGUACAGAAAGUCUACAAAGAAGCGUGGGCAGCGGUGCAGCCAAUGUGGGGGCACCAGCAUUCAACAUGGCCAAGCGUUUGUCUUGCAAGUGGACAAGCGGGGUUGGUCCUCGCAUUGGCUGUGUCAGAGACUACCCAACACAACUCCAAUCCGAGGCUCUGGAACAGGUUAACCUAUCCCCCAGAGCCACGCCUGGUCGCUUUGGGAACUCUGGCCCGAUACCAUCACCACGACCAAGCCCCAAAAUUCGAGUCUCCCCCAGGCUGGCAUACAUGGGACUCCCUAGCCCAAGGGUGUCAGCAAUGGCUGCAAAUUAAAACUCUCUGAGCCAUUCACCAAAGGUCGAGCACUUCUUGUGCCUGCAAAAUUUAAAGCAGAAAGUGGACAUAGUACGUAAUAAAAAUGUAAAAAUAGGUGAAGGGAUCUGACAAAACAUUCUUUGUUUCUUUAAUUUGUUAAAGGCUUUUAGCCUCCUAACCCUUUUUGUAAUGUAAAGGUUUUGCUGUUGUCAGUUUU